GUGGAGAAGUUAGGAGGAGCCAAUUUUGACGCCUCUAGAAUCAGGGAGUUCCAAGAUGCUGUGAACGACAUAGGCUUGCACGAUUUGGGGUUUACUGGGCCGCAUUUCACCUGGUUUCGGGGGGGGGGGGGGGGGGGGGGGAGAAACCUUUCUGAGUCCUCGCAGCCUGGCUUACCCAUGAAGGCUUCCAAUCUAUGACAGCUGAUGCGUGGGAAAAAGGUUCUUGCUUUACCGAGUCAGCACCAGCGUUUGCUAGAGACGCGACCACUUGGAAUCGAACGGUGUUUGGUCACAUCCUCAGGAAGAAAGAUAAAGUCCUUCGAAGACUAGAACAGCUGGAACUUGGCCCUAGUGAUCCAAGAACUGCGAACCAGAUUAGCCUAGUCCAAGAGGAGCUUGAACUCAUCCUCUUCCAGGAGGAAUUACUGUGGUACCAGAAGUCACGCAUGGAGUGGAUUAAAUCGGGGGAUAAAAACACAGCCUACUUUCAUGCCAGAACCAUCCAUCGGAGAAAGCGCAACCGUAUAAAUAUGCUCAAAAACAGUGAAGGAGAGUGGGUGGAUGACCCGGCUACCCUCCUUGAGAUGGCUAGGAGCAAUUUUUACAUGUUAUAUACAGACAACGACGGGGAGCUGCCUCCUCUGGAAUCCCAAUUCCCACAGAUAGCCGAGGCCGAUGGGUGGCCCUUGCUUCCACCCUCGAUCCGACCGAAAUCAAAAGGGUUGUUCAAUCGAUGGGUGCUCUCAAAUCGCCGGGAAAGGAUGGGCUUAACCCACUAUUUUUUCAGUGUUCCUGGUGAUUUUGGGUUGACGAUGAAUUUGGGUUGGAUAUCAUCGCGUCGCGGACACCGAUUCAGAUCUAAUUGUGCCUGGGGGACUGGACCAAAGUCUUCCCGGCGGCGGGGAGGAAGAGGUCUUCAACCUCCAUUGGGUUUGAGAUCAUGGCAUGGUGGAGACACCGAUCUGAAUCUCAUCGUGCUCGAGACUGGACCAAAGUCUUUCCGGCGGUGGCUUCUCGGCGGUAGGGAGAACGAAGGAGGAGGCGAAAAGAGGGGCGAUCUUCCCGGCGGUGGCUUCUCGACAGUGGCUGGGAGGAAGAGGACUUCAAUCUCCGUUCGGUUGGAUGAUAUCAUGGCGGAGACACCGAUAAAGGGGCAGUUUUCCCGGCGGUGGUUUCUCGACGGCUGGGGAAACGGAGGAGGAAGAAAGAGGGUUUAAUCUUGCUUUAUUGUGGGAUGAGAGAGGGACUUUAAUUGCACGAAAAAUAAAUUAAAAAUACAAAUAGAAAAGUUUCCAGCAAUAAAUAUAUUUAUCAAAUUUUAAUGACACCUGGUGGUUACCUAUUGGCCGGGAGUACCACAUCACUAAUCCUACAUGGUACUCCCGGAGUAGCCAAUAAUUUCUCAUAUAAUGCAGGUAGGUGGCGGUAAGAAAAUAGAAGCUGAUUGAUGUUAAUUUAAUUCACCCAAUUCGAUCAUAUAUUGCUUACAACGAAGUGAUGGAGAGAAGCGCAGGCGGUUUACUUGGCAGCUGGAAGUCUCUGUUGUCAAUUUCGUCAACUCAAUUGGAUCAUAUAUGCUAUGGCAUCCCAGAUAGAAGAGCAAACAAUUUACCUGGCAGCUGAAAGUCUCUACAUUAAUUCACCAGCAUCGCUAUAGGUACACCCAAUCUGAUAAUUUUUUUUAUAAGGGUGAUAUAGAUUUCAAUUUGUUGUCACUAAGGUACUACUUAAGGGAUUCGAACCUGGGUCCUCUAGGUUCUAGGUUAGUGGUAUUAUCACUAGGCCAAGCCCUUGUUCGUACACCCAAUCUGAUAAUUGUUGUCUCUUAUUUACCUACUUAAUCAUUUUGAUAAUCUAUACAUAAUAUUAUGGUAAUUCAAAAUUAAAUUUUUGCCACAUAAGCAUUUGGGGAGAUCUCAAGUUGCCAAAGUGGAUAAUUUUUUUGCCAAAAUAUUAGUUAUUGACUUAUUUAUGGAGUUGUCCCUCUCUCUUCAUUUAAUAUUUAAUUCUCUUUUAUCUAAUAAUUAUUUUGCUUUUGUUUUUGUAUUAUAUCUAUAAAUAAUAUAUGGAGAGAAAGGUUAUCAAACCGGUUUAGCAAGUGGAAUGGUUUUACCAGUGGUACAAUAGGUUUGUGUCGGUUCAUGCCGGUUAAUAAAAUAUGUAGAAAUAUAAAUAAUCAUUAAUAUAAAAUGAAUUUAAUCAUAUUUAAAGACAAUUUAUGUACAAUUCAUAUCGAUAUUUGAAUAAAAUAUGAUAUUUCAACUACAAUUACAUGUACUCAUACUUAAAUUCACUAAAACUACGUAUUUUACUUAGAAAUUCGUAAAACGAUCAUACCGGUCAUACUGAUGGUGUCAUGUCGAUUUCAUGACCGGUACCGGUUGAAUGGUUCAACUGGUGGCAUACGUGACAAUCAUGAUGGAGAGUGACAUAUAUCACAUUUUGUUUUUGCAUUAUAUUGAUGUACGCAACAGUAUACUAAUGUAUGUAGAGUGACAUAUAUAUCACACUUUUUAAACCAAAAAAUAUAUGAUUGAAGAUUACUAUGUAAAUUUCUGCUCAUUUUUUCUAAAACUUAAUAAUAAUUUACAUUUUGAUGAAUAAUUUAAAUAAAAACAAAAAAAAAUUUGUCGAUAAGGUCUGGAAGAAACUUGACCAAAAAUAAUAUUUAUUUAUUAAAAAAGCUUCUUAUUCAUUCUGAUCAAGUGAAAACAUAUGAAUCGCAUGUGCAGUAUUUAUAAUGUAUACUAAGUUCACAUUACUAAUAUUUUCUCUAGGUCAUGUUGAUUGAGCAAGAUCUAUUGAGGUCUUACAUCAUAUGCUAAUAAAUUUUCUUUUCAUACUUGGAGUUAUUUAUUGUUAAAGAUUAUAAAUUGAAGUUUCCAAAAUGACUUGAGUAUAAUAGUUGAUGAAAUUUGACUUCAUAUUCUAGGAUGAGACACGAGAUCUCUUGAAAAAUGAAAUGUGUGAAAUUUAGAGAAAUCUUUGUUAAGGAUGUACGUUAAACAUCACAUUUCAUGCUAAGAAAAAUAUAAAUUCCACGAUUGAGGUAAUAAAUCAACAUUAAUGGUUUACUUCACAUAUAUAACAAAAAAACAUUUAUAGUUACAAUAGUGUAAACCGAGCUAUUGGAUCAAAAGAAGAAUAUUUAAUAAAUAUAAGUUUAGUAA